GAAUGUUUCUCCCAUUGAAACAUCGGCUUCUCCUUCUUUUCUCUUUUCGUCGUAAGAAAACGUGGACUUGGGUCAGAGUUUUCCUCAAAAAGCCCCAAAAUGUUUAUGCCUAAGCAGCAUCGGGUGACCAUCUACGAGUACUUGUUCAAGGAGGGCGUUAUGGUGGCUAAAAAGGACUUCAACGCCCCCAAACAUCCGGAACUCGAGAACAUCCCCAAUUUGCAUGUUAUCAAGACAAUGCAGUCCCUCGAAUCCCGUGGCUUUGUGAAGGAACAAUUUGCCUGGAGGCACUUUUACUGGUACCUCACAAAUAAAGGGAUUGAAUAUCUCCGGACAUACCUCCAUUUGCCACCGGAAAUUGUCCCGUCGACGCUCAAGCGAAAUAUCCGGACAGAAACUGCACGUCCUCGCCCAACAACUGCUCCACGAUCAGAGGGAUCUAAGCCCCAGGAAGACAGAUCUUCCUAUCGUCGUGCCCCUGCUGGUUCUGGCCCCGACAAGAAGGGCGACGUUGGACCCGGUGCUGGAGAUGUGGAAUUCCGUGGUGGCUUUGGACGCGGUAGUCGUCCACAGUAAUUAUGUAUUAUUACUGUGAAAAGCAAAAUAAAAAAAAAUAAAACCACAAA